CGUGCCGCUCGAGCCCAGGGGAAAACCGACCGGGCCAUUAACGAAAAGCUCAGUCAAGUUUUGUGAGUCGAAGGAGGAACAUCGGUUUGUCAGUGCGCAGGCGAUUACACGACUAUCGACACGUUGUUUUUGUAUUUGUGGAUAAUAAUACCGCAUUAUUUCGAUAUAGAGGACGUCUAUAAACACAGACAAGUGACCCACAAAGUGACCCGGGCGCUGUCGCUUUAAAGCGAACACCUCCCCCUCCCCCCAAAUAUUGAACCCCCCCCCCCCCCCUCUCCCUCCCCCAAAUCAACCAGAUAACAUGGACGGAUUCUAUGACCAGCAAGUCCCAUUUAUGGUCCCACCCAGUCACAAGUCUCACGUGGAGGAAGCGUCUCACAGCAGGCCUCUGAGCGACAGGAAAAGGAAGUUUGUGGACACAGAGCUCGCCCAGGACACAGAAGAACUCUUCCAAGACCUCAGUCAGCUGCAGGAGAUCUGGAUCGCAGAAGCCCAGGUGCCCGAUGACGAACAGUUUGUCCCAGAUUUCCAGUCGGAGAGCUUGAUGUUUCAUGGCCCGCCACCGGCCAAGAUCAAGCGAGAGCUGACUCCCUCCAAAGAGUUUUCUCCCUGUCGCCAGGACAGGAGUCCCAUGCCCUACGGAGAGAAGUGCCUUUACAGCUACAGUGCCUGUGACGGGAAGCCCUCUCCCGGGUUCAAGCCAUUAACCCCCCCCUCAACACCGGUCUCUCCUUGCGGCCCCGCCAGCGAGCACACCCCCUCUCCUCACCCCCACGUAGCCAAUCCGACGGCAGGGCCACGUCCAGUGCACGUACAGCAGCCGAUAUCGGCGAGCGCGGGCUCCCCCCACCAGCAAGCGCUCCCCGGCCACGGCCACAGCCCGCCCUUCGCCGUGCCCUGUGCACCCAUCAACCAGGAUGCCAACAACUUCUCACCUGAGCACAGGUUCCAGCGGCAGAUGUCGGAGCCAUGUCUACCGUUUCCCCCAUCAGAGAGUCAAGGGCGCCCGCAGUUCUUGCCGCAGCCUCCCAGCAGCAGCAGCAGUCUGCCGCGUGACGGCCGGCCGCCGUAUCACCGGCAGAUGUCAGAGCCGCUGGUAGCUGUGCCCCCGCAGGGUUUCAAGCAAGAGCUCAUCGACCCACGAUACACAGAGCAGGGCGUCCCCACCAUGGGGCCCCCCGGCGUGCCCCCGGGCCCUCCGCGCCAGGCUGCUUUCCACCCCAUGGCCAUCAAGCAGGAGCCUCGUGACUACUGCUUUGAUUCUGAAGUGCCCAACUGUCAGUCAUCGUUUGGGAGAGCGGGGAGCUUCUACCAAAAUAACCACGAGAGCUUCUCCUUCGACAGAGAUCCUCAGCUGUACUUCGACGACACCUGUGUGGUCCCCGAGAGAUUAGAAGGUAAAGUGAAACAGGAGCCCUCUGUGUAUCGUGACGGCCCUCCCUACCAGCGCCGGGGCUCCCUGCAGCUCUGGCAGUUCCUGGUCACAUUACUGGACGACCCCGUCAACGGACACUUCAUAGCCUGGACCGGUCGCGGCAUGGAGUUCAAACUCAUUGAGCCCGAGGAGGUGGCUCGUCGCUGGGGCAUCCAGAAGAACAGACCGGCCAUGAACUACGACAAGCUGAGCCGCUCGCUGCGCUACUACUACGAGAAGGGCAUCAUGCAGAAGGUAAAGGUGGCCGGUGAGAGGUACGUGUACAAGUUUGUGUGCGACCCCGAGGCUCUCUUCUCCAUGGCCUUCCCCGACAACCAGAGGCCCAACCUGAAGGUGGACCCGGACAGCCUGCCGGGGCUGGACGAGGACACGGUGCCCCUCACGCACUACGAGGACGCGGCUCCCUACCUGCUGGACGCCGGGGAGCAGUGUGUGGCAGGCUUGCCCUUCCCAGACGGCUACGGCUACUAACGGGCAGCGGGAGGUCCUGACGCACAAAACACACAUGUACACGCAAACACUCCCGACGUCUCUCGACAAAGAAAGAUCCAACGCUGGAAUUGCUGAGUCGCUUGGAAGGAAAACCCCGGCUCUCCGCUCCUUCAUGGUUUCCUCUCCCGCUCCCUGGAAAACCUUCAUAAAACUCAAAAGCUCCCAAGCUGAGAAGGAACGAGGGGAACGCUCUUCUUCUGCGCCCUUUUUAUAUGCGACACAGAGAGAGGUUGUAAAACCAGGGUGAACUGCACUGCUGUUGCUAUGGAGACCAAACAAAAGCGAGGCCACGCGGCGCCAUCUUUAAAAAAAAAAAAAAGAACUGACGACCUGAAGAAACUUUGUACAAGACAAGAGUUUGUGGCAAUCUGCUUUUCUUAAAAACAAUCGAGUAACAGUAAAAAUAAUUAAUAAUAAUAAUAAUAAUGAGAUAUUCUAAAUGCAGCACUAUUCUAUCGUUGCCUUUUUUGGGCCCCCCCUCCCCAUUUUCAUGUCGCCACAUCUGAACUACAAGAUCCGUGAAAGGGCUUUAAUUUGCAAAAGACGGAUUGACAAAAACAUACCACAUUCUAACCCCCCAGUUUGUUUUGUGUAGAUAGAAAUACUUUAGUGUUUGGAACAGCUGUUCUGUAGAGACCCCCACCUCUCAGGUUUCUGGGGCGUUGCUGUAUUUCAGGCUAGUUGGUCGGGCUGCUCUGGUGUAAAUGUUCUUUAAUGGUUCUGCCCGUGUAACAGAUUGUAUCUGCUUCCCUUUAGAGACGCCCCCCCCCGCGCGGUGGAGCCCACAGUCUAUACAGUACACUCCUCAUGUCGCAUCACUGCUGGGUCCUUUUUAUGGCUCCACGCUUUCGAGCUGAUUAGCACUCCAUCUCCUCCAUUUCAAAAGGGAUGCAUAACACAAGUACAUAUUCCCAGAGGCGCUGAUCAUUCAUAAUAUUAAGUAUGAUAAAUGGUCACGUUGCUCCUUGUUUUGUUUUGUUUUUGUAUUUCUGUCUGGGUGCUUAAUGUUUUCCUUGGCAGUGUACUCGUUACUCUGAUGCACCAGUAUGGCAGGAGCAUCAGGAUGUUGCAUGCAAACAAAAAAGAAGCGUUGAAGGGGCGGCGUUCUUCUUUAGGACGCCGCUCUGCCAGUCACACGUGGUCAACAGGAGACGUUCUCUCUGCAUGGUGUAAUCAGUCGACACUGUGUCCUCUAACAUAUCGCUUUCCUGUCUUUGGACAAAGAAGAUAUUUGUGAUAUUCUCUGCAUUUAUUUUUUUUGUGUGUGUGUGUUCAUUCUCUAUGUUUCUGAAUAUGGGGGGAGGGCGAAGACAAACGUAUAUAAAGUAUAUAUUUUUGCUAUAAGGCUGCAUUUGUUUUGAUUUUAAUGUAUAAGCUGUAUAGUUCUGGCUCUAAUAGACAUGUACCUUUCUAAAAAAACAGACAAAAAAAAUCCUUUACGAUGCUACUUCUGCAGACUGUUUCUUUAAGAGGCCUGACGGUUGGAGAACGUGUGUGUGUGUGUGUGUGUGUGUGUGUGUGUGUGUGUGUGUGUGUGUGUGUGUGUGUGUGUGUGUGUGUGUGUGUGUGUGUGUGUGUGUGUGUGUGUGUGUGUGUGUGUGUGUGUGUGUGUGUGUGUGUGUGUGUGUGGUUCCACCAAAGGCCACGGUGAAGACACACACAUUAUAUCAUGGGAUCCACCCCGGGCACAGGGAUUGUCUGCACUUUGUAUAGGCUUCAAUCCCCUCCCCUCACAAUGUGUUUCUUACACUGCUGAGUUUAUGAUAAUCUGUACUGGGUACAAUAAACGGUCCUUUAUGCUUCA